GAACAGACCCAUACAACACAGAUGGAUGUGCUAUUCUCCUUGUAACAGCUUUCCCAGUUAUCCAGAUCACUAUAGGUAAGUGAUGUCUUUUCUGUUCAUUAAUGAGACAUUCCAAAUUUUUGAGAACUUUAUAGUUUAUAGACACCAUGAACUAUAGUGGUAAAAGGUAGUAAUGUGGUUUACAUGUUUUAAAAUCCUUUCUCUUGCUCUGCAUGUUUGAACAUUUUUUAAAAAGGAACACGAACAGCAACAACAACUCGUAUUCAAGGACACACUGUGGUAGAGUAAAUUAAGCAAAGCUCUGUGUACACAUCAUAUAAAGUGGACUUAAACUGUUUUAAUCUGUGCUAUGACACAUAAUUUGAAUGAAAUUGAAUCCAAAUGAAAUUUCCUUUCCAUUAUUACUUACUUGACUAGUAUGUACAGCUACGGAAGUUUAGCUAGGUACCUUAACAUGCCCCCUUAUAGAAAAAAAAUGACUAUGAUGCCCUGAAACUAAAAGCUAUCAUCAUUGAUUUUUCAAACAUUUUUUUUGUGUGUGGUCUGAAGGACAGAAUUACUGGAUUUUCUCUGAGAAAGGGCGAAAACAGUAAUUACUGUUGCAAUUAACACCAUAGACUGUGGCUGUGGGGUAGAGCAGGUUGUCACCUAACCAGAAGAUCGAUGGUUCAGUCCCGAGCUCCUCCAGUCCACGUGCAUGAAUAAAUGACUAAACUCCACUUAAACAUCUAUAAUAAGAGUUUUCCUAAUGCCUCUGAACUCUUUGUGAACAGGUGCAGUAUACAUGUAUGAGUGUCCAGCAGCAGCACUUAUUCCAGUGUACUUGAUGGUGUUGGGGAUAUUGGCCCUGCUGGUGAUGGGUGUGUUAGCUUUGCCAAGGCUCCUCUGUCCAGCAGCACAGGGCAAAACAAUCUGGUCUGUGUUGCUCCUCAGCUUGGUCCUGUUUAUCUUCGUCUGGUUCCUCUAUGGUAGUUACCAGAUUUAUUCUGUAUAUCCACCAAACUACGACAAGAACAUCACCGACCCAAAGAGAGUCAACAACAGUGUCGAUACUCCUACUGCACCUGACAGCAAGCUCGGCCUCACCUUGGAGAAACAGAACCAGAGCCUUCCAAACCUUAACCAGACCAGAUUGAUCAAUAACAACCAGACAUUAAGGAAGCUGAUUCAAACUUUGGCCCUCGGCAACAUCAGCAGUAAGACAAACAGAGAGCACCUGAAUGCUCCACAAGCACGACGUGUCAUGGCUGCAGUGCCUUACUGUGACAGAACUGUGUACCUGUUUGCUUUCUGGACCACCACACUGGCCUAUGUGUUUGCAGGAAAAACCCUAAUAACGAUCAUCUUUUUAUAUGGUUUCAUGAAAAUUGCAGCUAAGUUUGAAGAACUUCUCACUACCUGAACUGAGCUAGAUAUGAUUCCAUUUCAGAGACUUUUAACCAUCACAUUAAAGUUGGCCACAAAAAUAACACAGCUAAUAUGUAAUGGUCAUGUAGAAAAGAUAAACAUAGAAAAACAAAACCUUUUAAAGGAUCAGUUGACACUGUCUUCCUUUGUCUGAGUGAAACUGAUAAAUAUUUAUGCUUUGUAAUGAAAUGUCAAGACUUGGAUGUUCCACUUGGUCAAAAUAGUGUAUGCUUGAAACAUCUUAAGAAAUAAAGAGCAAUAAAGGAUUUUAAUACUUCCUCUUCAGAAUUGUGACUCAGAUAGGAUCUGGAAACAGAAGAUCUAUGUUGCUUCAGCACUUGAUGUAAGUGAUUUCUACAAACAGUGGACAACAAUCUACCAGACACUUUAUCAAGUCAGGGAUGUUUAAUAAUGAAGGGUUAUUACUUUUAAUAAGAAAACUCUUCACAAGGUGGACUGGUAGGAAAAUGGCAUUAUUUUUGUUACAGCUUAAUUUGGACUAAUACUAAAUUGGAUUCCAGUAUCUUGACAUGAUAUUUUUAAAAAGCAUUAUGCAUACUCACUUGUUGGAUCUUAUUGAUUUCAUUGGCUGCAUUUACUCUACAUAGCGUUUAAUCAAAAGCACUUCACAAAUUGCCUCUAACUCGUAGUAUCAUGCAAAUGAGUACCAUGUAAUGGGAAAAAAAAUACACGAAAAAUUGUCACAGAGCUUACUGUAAAACAGCU